AUGAGCAGGCCAAAGAUCCACGUGUUCCUCGGUGCCCCUACUCUCCCUGUCAGAACAGCCACCCGCCCAGAAGAGGAGUCUGGUCAGUGGAAGACCCUGGACCUCUGUCUGCAGGGUGCAAGGUUAAAGCGAAGGGUGAGUGAUGACAGGGAGCAGGGAAGUGAUGUCAUCAGCAGGGGCGGAGUCUCAGGUGGGCAGAGCAGGGCGGAUGGAGUUGUCCUCGCCAACGAAGGUUUGGACAGGCUGAACAUCGAUCCAGAUGCCAUCCCAGGCAAGGACAAAGACGAUCCCGUUUUGGAAACAGAGGGGGAAGGUGCCCAUGCUGAUACAGAUCCCGACAGGGGGACGCCCUCCCGAAAGAAGCGGGCCGUCCGCGAGGAGCAGGGUCUGUGUCCCAGGGCUGUGAGGGAGUAUCUAGACAGUUGCUUCACAGCUCCAGGGCUUGGAGCAAAGGCAGAGGCUGCGGGGGCGGAGCCUCGACCUGGCCCCUCUCUCUCUGUGGAGACAGAGUACCUCAGCACAUGGACCACAAGCCAGGCACUGCUAUUGAAGGGGAAGCUGGGAACACAGGCACAGCCAAUAAGAAGCGAGACAGAGGUCGGCCCAGAAAGGGCAGGGGAGCCUAGCACCCCUCCGAAUCGUACACCCACAGAUUCAGGAAGCACCCCAGAGCUGUACAGCCCUGCAAAAAACCCUGGUGACAGGGAGGGACAGGGGAUGCGGGAGUGCUCUCAGGAGCUCUUUGACAUGCUCAGCGAGAGACAGGAAGUGGAGGGUGUGGUUUUGGAGGCCACCCCUGAAGGAAUUCUCUGUUCUCAGAGCAGCACCACUGUCAGCAAAACAGGAGGGGCAGAACAUGGAGGGAGUUUGCGGUCAAAGGCCGGACCCAGCUGCCCUUUACACACCUCUCCUGUGUCUCCAACUUCUAAGAAGACUAAAGUGUCCCCAGUUGGGGGCAGGACUCAGGGGGAGCCGGGUCAUACUAGGUGGACACCUGUCCCAGCCCAGUCUGGACCCACCACUCUCCUGGUCAGAUGUGUGACCAGGGGAGCACGCUACUCUGUCUUGGUUGCGGUGGUGUACCCCUGCCACCUGAAGGAGAUCAAAGUGAAGUCUGGGACCUGGGCGGGUUCCACCGUUCCCCUGGCAACCAUUGUGGUUACUGACCAAUCGGGCGUCGAUAUGAAGGUUGUACUUUGGAGGACUGCAGCAUUCUGGUCCCUCACCGUAAACCCAGGAGAUUUGCUUCUCAUCACAGGCGUAACGCUGAAUGAAGACAAGUGGAGGGGAGAGCUGGUGCUGCAGUCCUCCCACAACAGCAGACUGCUCAACCUGGGCCAGCUCACCAGCAGUCACCCUCCACCAGCCCCACAGCACGUGAAUGGCAGGACUGUGAGGGAGCUGUGGGCCUACCUGUGUAAGAGGCGCCCCUUGCUGUUGUCCCUCCCUUACCGCAAGGCCCAGGACCCUCAGACUAUUCCCCACGUCCGCCUCAGAGCUAUGCAGCCCGACACCCUCGUCCACGCACUGCUGAAGGUUACCCACACCUCCUUAAUUACAGCCUGGCGGGAAGAAGCGGAGAGCAGAUCAAGGACAGGAGGGGUGCAGAAGGCCCUGCUCACUGUAGAACAGGGCGACGGCCAGCAGGGGGCGGUGGUGCUGUGGGGAGCCGCCAUGGCCUGGCUGCAGAGGAUCCAGAAGAACAAAGGUGCAGUGUGGGAAUUCCGGGUGCUGCUGGUGAAACGCAACGGCACCACGGGGCUCCUGGAGCUGCACUCCACGCCUUGGGGGUCCUGCGAGCCCCUCUCCCCGGGUGACAAGAGGGCGGUGGAGUUCCACAGCUGGGCCCAGCCCCGCCCCGCCAGCUUGGAGAUCGACCUCCGCACCCUCCUGUCGCAGAAAUAUACAGGUGACGUGGAGUUUAAAGGUCAGAUUAUGGCCUUCCAGUUCCAAGGCAGCCCCUCCCAGAGUGCCUCAUUGCUGAUGACCUGCGACACGCCCUCGCAGAGGAUCCUGGAGACCGUGUCCGGCGACGUCACCUUCACCGGCUGCGGGCGGUGCGGCUCCGAGCUGGACACCGACAACAACGGGAUCUACCGGCCCUGCUACCCCUGCCUCCCCAGCACCAGCGUCCGCCGAUACUACAGGCCAGCCGUGCUGACGGUUAGGGAUGGUCACAGUGAGGCCUGCGUGCAGGUGCCACCUGUCCUUGUACAGAAGAUUCUGCUGGACACUCCACCUGACCGGCUGAGCAAGGCCGUCGCUCCCUCCUCGGAUUUGCGGUUUGUGCAAGUGGUGGCUGACAGGAUUGGCUCUCUGCUCUCUGUCCCUCGGAACACCUUUCUCCUGACUGUCCGUAGUCACUUCCUGUGUGACGAAAACAGUGUCCCCACCUCUCGAGACUUUCUCCUGCUGGACAUCCACCUUUAACUGUCAAUUAGCACUCUCUUGUGUACCUAGCAAACAGCUGUACAACCCUUAUUAAAUAAAGUCGGGGGGUCCCUAGUGUACUGGUGAAGUGCUUGAUAAGGUUUCCUCAAUUUUUUUCAAUCUAAUAAUCCUCAAGGUGAAUUUUCUUAAUAAUUACGUCCCUCUAUAACUCAAGAUGAUAGGUGGUGUUCGUUCUGGACUUACGCAUCAAGAGCUGGGCGCUACACAUUGGUGGUGUGAAUUUCUCCCCUUCACAGUAGAGAGUCUGAGAUCCAUGACAGGCUCUAUGUAAAUGUAUAAUCCAUUAGACAGCCAGCAUCUGCUAGGACUCCCUGGUGCCUGCCCACUGGAGCUAUUAACGCUACUGUAAAACUACUGAUCUGACUGCCCUUAAAGUUACAGCAGUAUUUAAA